AUGGCAGUACAACAUACAGGCAGAACCAAACCUAGCUCACUGACUGUCGCGUUCUUUAACGCAAACGGCAUCAGAGAUCAAAAGGAAGAAAUCGUGUACUUUUUACGCGAUCAUGAUGUCGACAUCAUGCUAGUGCAGGAGACCUUCUUGAAACCUAGCGUGCGCGAUCCCAAAAUAGCUAAUUAUACCUUAGUAAGAAAUGAUAGGCUGACCGGACCUAAAGGCGGCACCUUGAUCUACUACAAAAGAUCCUUGCACUGUAUACCGUUAGACACUCCACCGCUUGCUAACUUAGAAGCAUCGGUAUGUAGAAUAGCACUUACGGGCCAUCCGCCCGUCACAAUUGCCUCGGCAUAUCAGCCACCGCAAAAACCCUUAUUAGAAGCCGACAUCUCGGCACUACUAAAUCUAGGCCCCAGCGUAGUAAUCGCGGGUGACCUAAACAGUAAGCACAGGCGAGUGUUUAAUUUUUCUACAUUUCUAGAAUUUUAUUAUUACGUAUUAACGACAAUGUCUGGACGUGGUAAAGGCGGUAAAGUGAAGGGAAAGGCAAAGUCCCGUUCGAAUCGUGCCGGUCUACAAUUCCCCGUUGGACGUAUUCACAGGCUGCUGCGAAAGGGAAAUUAUGCAGAGCGUGUGGGUGCCGGCGCUCCGGUGUACCUGGCCGCAGUCAUGGAGUACCUCGCCGCUGAAGUUCUAGAGUUGGCCGGUAACGCUGCUCGGGACAAUAAGAAGACCAGAAUCAUACCGAGACAUCUUCAGCUUGCCAUCCGCAACGAUGAAGAGUUGAACAAGCUCCUCUCCGGUGUGACGAUCGCCCAGGGCGGUGUACUACCCAACAUUCAGGCGGUCCUUCUUCCCAAGAAGACCGAGAAGAAGGCCUAA